AUGAAGACUCAAGCUGCUAAGAGAAACACAAAGAAUCUGGCAUUAAAAGGAACGGCUGUACAGUCAUCCACAUUGUCUUACACCUAUGGAGCUGCAAACGCCAUCGAUGGCAUCAGAUACGCUCCAGGUGUAGCUUCAAGCUGCUCCAUCACAGCAUACCAGCUCAACCCGUGGUGGAGGCUGGAUCUGCUGGAUUCUUACAAAAUUUACAAAGUGACCGUCACCAACAGAGCCGACGGCUGGCUGGAGCAAACGGCUGGAGUAGAGAUCCGCAUCGGAAACUCUCUGGAGAACAACGGCAACAACAAUCCCAGAUGUGGUGUCACUUCACUUGUCCCAGCAGGCAGUUCUGUCAGUUUCUCUUGUGGUGGAAUGAAAGGUCGUUAUGUGAACAUGUACCUUCCUAACAUCCAGCAGUAUCUCACACUGUGUGAGGUGGAGGUUUAUGGCUAUCGAGCUAGGACUGGGCAGAAUCUGGCAUUAAAAGGAACGGCUGUACAGUCAUCCACACAUUCCAUCUAUGGAGCUUCAAACGCCAUCGACGGCAUCAGAUACGCUCCAGGUAAAGCCUCAAGCUGCUCCCACACAUUAAACGAUCUCAGCCCGUGGUGGAGGCUGGACCUGCUGGAUAUUUACUACGUUUACAACGUGACCGUCACCAACAGAGCCGACUGCUGUCUGGAGCAAACGACUGGAGUAGAAAUCCGCAUCGGAAACUCUCUGGAAAACAACGGCAACAACAAUCCCAGAUGUGCUGUCACUUCACUUGCCCCAGCAGGCAGUUCUGUCAGUUUCUCUUGCGGGGAAAUGAAUGGUCGUUAUGUGAACAUGUACAUUCCUAACAUCGAGGCUUUUCUCACGCUGUGUGAGGUGGAGGUUUAUGGAACAGUCAAGAAGCAGGUGGUCCGAGUGCAGGUGAAAGCUGCUGAGAAUGUGGAUGAAGCUGAACUGAAGGAGCUUGUCUUAAAAAAGGUGGAUUUUAUAUUACUCAUCUGA